AUGGAACCUCCUUCUGCCAGGCGGCAAAUCAUAUUCAAUGCAUUUGAUAUGUUCACUCCGAGCCACCUCUGCUUCGGUCAGUGGCGCAGGGGACAAGGUGAAGUCGCCGACAAGUUUGGGGAUCUCAAUUACUGGACCAAUCUCGCACAGAUUCUUGAGCGAGGAGACAUUCACGCGUUGAUCCUGGCCGACACUUAUGGUCAACACGAUAUUUAUAAUGGAAGCGCUGUACCAACGAUACGGACAAGUUGUCAGUUCCCCAUGGGUGACCCCAUUAUUCCGGUAACAGCAAUGGCAGCUGUAACAAAGAAGCUUGGGUUCAUCGUCACAACCAGUACGAGCUAUGAAGCACCAUUUGUUAUAGCAAAGAGGUUCUCAACCCUCGACCAUCUUACCAAAGGGCGGUUUGGCUGGAACAUCGUCACUUCUUUUAAGGAAUCUGCUGCUAAGGCCGUAAUCCUGUUCGGGAUCAUGCCUAAUAUUCAUCAGGUCGGGAUCUCAUAUGUCGAACAUGAUGAGAGAUAUGCCGCUGCUGAUGAAUACUUGGAGUUGCUCUAUAAAAUCUGGGAAGGCUCGUGGGCAGACGACGCUCUCAAGAAAGAUGCAACGAAAAACAUUCACGCUGAUCCCAGUCGUAUCCGUUGGGUCAAGCAUCAUACGGCAAGGUUCAGUGUGGAUGCCCCUCACAUUCUGCACCCUUCACCUCAAAGAACCCCCUUUCUGCUUCAGGCAGGGACAUCGUCCGCCGGUAUAGCUUUUGCUGCCAAGCAUGCAGAAGGCAUUAUGAUAUCGGGGCUUUCACCUCAUAUACUGGCGCCUCGCGUAUCCGCCAUCCGCGAGCAAGCAGCCGCAGCUGGCCGCGACCCUGGCAGUGUAAAGAUUUUCGCAGUUAUUACACCAGUCAUCGGGAGAACAGACGAAGAAGCGGGUGCAAAAUACCGCAAAGCUAUGGAAUAUGCAAGCUUCGAAGCUGGACUGGCAUUCUUUUCGGGUAAUGCUGGAAUAGAUCUUGCGAAGUACGACCUUGAUGCAGAGAUAAGACCAGAUGAUGCCACGAUUGACGGGCGGGUACACUCCUUGGUCAGCAGUCUCAAAUAUCGUGGCGACGAUAUUCCAGCUUGGACGCCUCGCAAUAUUGGAAAAGCCAUGGCCAUCGGUGGGAAUGGUCCAGUGCCGGUCGGAUCAGCAGCCCGUGUCGCGGAUUUCCUCGAGGAGUGGGUGAAGAUUGCAGAUCUAGAUGGUUUUAACGUUGGGCAUGUCACAAGCCCAGGGAGCUCUGAGGAUCUAGUAGAUUUGCUAGUACCCGAGCUCCGUCGAAGGGGACUCUACGGGUACAACAGACAAUCGGGAGAUGAAAUCACUUUGCGUGAGAGGAUGUAUGGUGUUGGCCAGAAACAUUUCCGCAACGACCACGUUGGAAGUCAAUACAAAUACAAGUAG